GGGCGGUGUUGGCGUGUGCGGCGGGUCGCCGGGAGCACUCAGCCCGCCCUCAGGAGGCUCGCGCACCCCCUCAGGCGCCCUCAGCUUCUCCUCAGCCACUCUCAGCCUCCUCUCAGGCGCCCUCAGCCCCCCUCAGCCUCUCUCGGCCCCCGGCAUGGGGCUGCUGACCGAGCUGGCCCGUGGGCUGGUGCGGGGCGCCGACCGCAUGUCCCCGUUCACCAGCAAGCGCGGCCCCCGCAGCUACAACAAGGGCCGAGGGGCCAAGCAGCUGGGCGUGCAGACCUCCAACAAGAAGUUCAUCCUCAUCAAGGAGAUGGUGCCCGAGUUCGUCGUCCCCGACCUGCAGGGGUUCAAGCUCAAGCCUUACGUGUCGUACCGCGCCCCCGAGGGCUCCGAGGAGCCCAUGACGGCCAAGCUGCUGUUCAGCGAGGUGGUGGCCCCGCACAUCAAGAAGGACGUGGAGAACGGCACUUUCGACCCCAACAACCUGGAGAAGUACGGCUUCGAGCCGACGCAGGAGGGCAAGCUCUUCCAGCUCUUCCCCAAGAACUACGUGCGGUAGGGAGCAGCGGCGGCGGGGCCGGGCCGUGUCUGCAAUGCCUGGGGCCGAGCAUCGCCGUGCUGAGGCACCACCUGCCCCUCCAAAGAUGGGACACAUUCUGUGGCUGGCUAUUAAAAGUAAAUCCUUCUGCUUUGUCUCUC